UCCCGCUGCUGUCUGACAAAGAUGAAAUGUUAUUUGCUGUGUUUAACUCACUUUUUUACAAACUGGGAUUGUGUGCGGGCCAGCAGCCAGACCCGGACACAGAGAGUGAGGAGAACACAGCGGUUCUGUCAGAGGGACCGCCAUGCUGUUAGCCCAGCUGCCAGAGGACCUCCUGUAUCAUAUCUUGUCUUAUUUGGACUACAGAUCUCUCAGUCGCCUCUCUCAAGUUUGUAAAAGCUUUUACUGCUUUGUAAACCGGGACGCUGUGUGGAGGAGGAUUGCUAAAGAGUUUUUAAACACCGGCAUUACUCGAGAGGGGAAGGACAUAUAUCCUCUCAUACGACUGAAGGAGCGAGUGAAGAUUGCACAAAACUGGUACAAUGGGAUCUGCAAAAGGGCCAUUCCUCUCAAAUGGAAAAUUAAACUGUUGCCAUGGUUACAGCUGGAUGGAGACAUCCUUUUUCUGUCUCAGGCUGCUGAUAUAAGAAUGUACCAUCUGCAUAAAGACUCUGGGAGGCUCCAUCAUAGUCCAUAUGAAAUCUACUCAGGCCACAAGGGUGACGUCUGUCGCUUUGCUCUCACGGACUCUCUCCUGAUCAGCGGUGGAAGCGACGGCAAAAUCCUCGUCCACAGCAGGAGAAAUGAUGUGCCAGUGGAGUUUACAGGUCAUAACCAGGAGGUCAACUGUGUAGAUGCUAAAGAUGGACUCAUCAUUAGUGGAUCCAGAGAUCGGACAGCCCGGAUUUGGACUUUGACUUCCACCUCCCCCAGAGAUACAAUUCCCAUGUAUGACAGAGUGUGGUCGGUGGCUAUUAGUCCCACACUAAGUUCCUUUGUAACUGGCACUGCAUGCUGUGUGAACUUCUCUCCUCUCCGUAUCUGGGAUGUUGAACGAUCAGCAUGCUUGGGCAGUCUAGGCUCAGAGUUUCGUCGUGGUGCUGGUGUUUUGGAUAUCAUGUAUGAAUCCCCAUUCCAGCUCUUCACCUGCGGCUAUGAUACCUUUAUACGACUGUGGGACCUUCGACUCAACCCACGAAAGUGUGCAAUGGAGUGGGAGGAGCCUCAUGAUAGCAGCCUGUACUGCAUCCAGACAGAUGGAAAUCACAUGAUAGCGAGCGGCUCGUCAUAUUAUGGCGUUGUACGACUUUGGGACAAACGGCAGACUGAAUGCCUGCAGUUUUUCCAGCUGAGCUCUGACCCUGUGAGCAGCCCAGUGUACUGCCUGAGAUUCAACAGCUCUCACCUGUACGCAGCCUUGGCCACUGCCCUGCAUUCACUGGACUUUAGACAGAACCCCGCCCACGUCAGAUGAUACACACCGAGGCUUUUAAGUCUCAUCAUUUCCAUAAAGAUGUCUAUUUUCUCUAGGAAUAUUUUACAAAUUUCAGGAGAGCUCUUCUGUGCUUUUGAACUUGGAUUUCUAAAUGUGAAACAUAAUUUAUCUGAUGAAGUUUGGGGACUGAUAAUAGACAAAGGUCAAAUGAUCAGAGCAGCUAAAGCUGAGAGAGCCCAACAUUUAAUCCCUCAUGUCAUUUAAACACUGAAGCUCUGAAAGCACUGGCUCCUCCAUUUACAGUAAAACGACAUUAUGCACCAAGCACACCAAGUUCUUUGUGCAGAAUCUGAAAUACUUUAUUGAUCUCAGAGGGAAUUUCAGUUGUUUCAGCUGCAACCGUUUGUCAUAUUAAAAGAAUAAACACUCUAAUAAUUUAAAACCAAAAAGAGAAAUUUGCAAUAUGUGCACAAUAAUUCUUAUGAAUACAUUAAAGGCAGUGGCUGUGAUAAUAAUAUAAAUCUGGGUCAUACUGUAUACAUGUACACAUAAUAAAUUGCACAGAUGAAUCACAGUGUCACCAGUUAAGGGAGGAGUUAUAGAGUUUGAUGGCCACAGGUAGGAAUGACCUCCUGUGGUGCAUUUUGGUGGGAUGAGUCUUGCCCUGAAUGUGCUCCUGUGUCCCAUCACUGUGUUGUAGAGUGGGUGGGAGCCAUUGUUCAUAAUGGUCUGCAGCUGUUCUUAGCCCAGUCCAGUUUAUUGUCAAUAUACACUCCCAGGUAUUUGUAGUCCUCUACAGUGUCCACACUGAACACCCCCCCCCCCCCCUCCCCCCGAUGGACACAGUGGUCGCCAGUGCCUCGUCCCUCUCUCUCAUAAUUUAUAGAAAUCUGAAGAAACUUAUUUGUGUGUAACGUGGCUGCUAUACUACCUACAAGUGUGUAAUAAAAUAAGAUAAAAUGAGAGUAAAUGACUCUGCCAGACAGGUGUAUUAUAUUAUAAGGAGCUUUUGCAGGAGGUGUGAAAGGUUCCCUGAAUGUGUCCAUGUGAGAAAGUGCUCUGCUGGCUGCUCAGUGAGGAGCAGACCAAAGCAAAGUACAGAGGUCUGAAAAUCUCCAGCACAUGCUGAAGGAUUUCAAAGACUGUGCUCAUCCCCUUUUCCUCAGCUGUGUGCUGUAGCAACAUUAUUGCAUUGACAAAAUCACUUGACAGACAGUUCCUGCCACAUUUUGUCAUAAUCUUACACACAAGGUGAAAACAACACCUGUCUCAUUUUAAUGGCUGUAAUGGGCCGUGGUCUCUGCUUUAUAGUUUAGCUUCUCACCCAGUCAGAUACAAACUGGUGUCCAGGUCACCAAGGAAAGCACUCGGCUGCACAUGCAGACAAACUUGGGGUACAGUGCAUUGCUGAAGGACACAAUGCAAUUCAAUUCAAGGUAAAGACCCUACAAUAAUUACGGAGAAAACCCAACAGUCUAAACGACCCCCUAUGAGCAGCACUCGGUGACAGUGGGAAGGAAAAACUCCCUUUAACAGGAAGAAACCUCCAGCAGAACCAGGACAGACACAUGUGGACAGCUGGAUCCCAGGUUUAUGUCAUCAGUCCUGAACUGACUGAGUCACAGAGAUGACAAAUCCACAGUGUUUACAAAAUUAAACUAUUAAAUAUUAUUUACAGCACUGAACCGUUUACUGUAUAAACUGACUCGAAGUAUUUCCAAACAUUUUGUUAAAUCUUCUUUCUUAGUCUCUUAUUGAUCAUCUUACUUUUAAUGAACCCUUUGUGCAUUUUACUGUCAAUAGGACAGAUCCGACAUUAGAUUUAGAACUAUUCCAAGUUUAAUAAAUGUCAGAAACAUUCUUAAAUAAAUGACCAGGAGAGAGCGGUUUAGGUUAAAUGCAGUUUUAAUAAUAUACAGACAGUUACAGACUCGUUAUCAGAGAGGCUGCGUGAGAGACGUGCUCCACAGGACACUUCACAGCUUUUAUACAGACGUGGAGUGAACAUAUUCCUGGGCUUCAGACCACUGAUCAUCUGUGAUUCCUAGAUCUUCCUGCCAAGCCUUUUUCAGGUGGUCUAAUGUAGGUGCUGAGUCUUCCUGCGACAGCCAAUUAUAGAUCUUUGUAAUUAAACCUUUUUUGAUUGGAUCAAACAGAAGGAUCAUCUCCAUAUAGGAGGGUGGGGGCUAAAUAAAUCUUUUAUACAUUGUAUUACUUUAUGGAGCCACUGAUUAAAUGAUGUGUUUAAGGCUGAUGGAGGGAGCGCGUGAUUAUUUAUCUGUGGGCUAAGAAGUGGCAUGUCUGUCCACCUAUAAUACUUUCUUAUUUGGGACCAGAGUUUAACAGAAUGAGAAACUACUGGAUUCAAAAUCUUUUGAUUUGCAAUGGGGACAGCAGAGUAUAAUAAUGCUUUUAAAGAGGAAGGAUAACAGCUUUCAUUUUCCAUCCUGCACCAAUCGGGUCCCUGAGUGGGUUUCCAGAACGUUACACGACCAAUAGUAGCAUCGAAAACAGGAAAACCCCAUUCCACCCUGAUC